UUAAAUGCGCUGACAGUUCAUUGCUCCUGCCAAAUGAAUUGCAGUGAGUGGAGCGGAUCACCACUCCAAGAUGGCGGCCCCGCGUCUCGUCUGCGCCAGUAGGCAGUAGCGCUCCAUGCUGCGUACCCUUAGAACAUGUCUAUGUGCACAUCCGGUUGACACAAACAAAAUGGCGUCGUCGUCAAGUCCAUUGUUUUUGUGUUAGCAUUUUCGCUACACUUUGCAUGAAAAUCACAUGAAUUAUUCGUGUAAAGGAUUAACAUUGACGCUCUCCGUGCUAGUUUAGCUUGUUAGUUGGCGACAAAGUGAUCAGCACGUGGCUAAGUGUGCGUGUAAAGUGUUGUGAUUGUGUGGAAAUGUGCAAAGUAGAAAUGCUGAGAGUGUUGGUGAAGCAGCGACUAACUGCUGCUGUGGAAGAAAUAUUUGUAGUGUUGGAAAGAACGAUAGCAGAAUAUGAGGAGGAACUUUCUAGAACAAAAGAGGAGAACGAGCGACAACGUCAACUACUGGACGCUCUUUUCAACAAACAUCAACAAACAGUCCUUAUCUGCAGAAGAAUGAAAUAAGUGGCUUGCUUGUUCACAACCGAAGGAGAUAUAAUAAUCAGUACAAACAAUGGAGGACAUUGGCAGGGCUGGACCAGCAGAAAGUUCCAGUGAAGAACUUCUUCCCCCUGAGCAGCCGGGCUGGAGCUUCUGGGUGGAGCAGAAGGAGCCGCAUCCCCCCUACGUUAAAGAGGAAGAGGAGAAGCCCAGCACCAGUCAGGAGAGAGAACAUCUUGAAGGUCUGGAGGAGGCCAAGUUGCCAUUGAGUGGUGUCAUGGUGAAGAGUGAAGAUGAUGAAGAUGAACCUCACUCAUGGCGGCUUCAUCACAGACGCUCUCCCUCGGACAACGACAUGAGCGACAGCGAUGACAAGGACUGUAAAGUCGACGUGACCCUGCACGCCGACCACACACACUUGAAAUGCUCGCAGUGUGACAAAACUUUCAGCGACAACUCAACUCUGAAACGACACAUGAGAUGCCACACGGGAGAGAAACCUUUCGCCUGCUCUUUCUGCGAGAAACGCUUCUCUCAGAAGGCAUCGUUGGUGAUACACACGAGAACGCACACGGGCGAGAGACCUUACACCUGCUCCGUGUGCAACAAAAGCUUCCGCGAUAACUCGGCGUUAGUGACGCACAUGAGGACUCACACCGGAGAGAAACCGUUCACCUGUCCAUUUUGCGACAAACGAUUCGCUCACAAGGGACAUUUAAUAUCGCACACCAGGACACACACCGGGGAGAAACCUUUCACAUGCUCCGUGUGCAACACCAGCUUCAGGGUGCACUCAGUCAUGAUGAUACACAUGCGGACGCACACGGGAGAGAAACCUUUCGGCUGCUCAGUGUGCGGGAAAAGAUUCACUCAGAAGGGAAGCUUGAGUAUACACACGAGAACACACACGGGAGAGAAACCGUUUCCCUGCUCGGUGUGCGACAAACCUUUCCGGGUUCGUUCGGCUCUGGCUACACACAUGAAAACACACAACGCACAACAACGUUGACGACACUCAUUGUGUCGUUGCAAACACACAUUUUUACCAUCUAAUA